GAGGUAAACAGAAGCAACUUCCGCGUUUGACUUGAUGUAACAACAAACCUUCAGUCAGGACGGUUUCGCCCAAAAUCCCACAAAAAUGGGUCAAGCUGCUCUUCUUUUUCUAGCGGCGGUAUUAUCCGCCAGCUCGGCGCAGUUCAUACCGCCGUUUACAGAAGACUGCCGGGCAGACAUGUAUCCUCCCAACGGCCCCACGUUCAGAGCGGCUGUCGGCUGGUACACGGUGGACCUCGACUUGCCGCCCAGCAAGAGGUGGACUGCUGUGAUCACCGAGAAGAAAACUGAUCUGGCCAACAUGAUCGAAGCCAUCAAAGACCUGGCCAAUGCUUUUGUUCCCAGCGGGAGGCUCAUCGAGCUGGUCGACAUAGCUCUGCCUUUAAUGGUGAACACGCUCCCAGACCCCUUUGGAGAGGAAAUCAAAGGAAUCGCAGCGGCGUCGGGGCUUCCUCUCGGGGAAGUCGUCCUGUUUAACAUCUUCUACGAGGUGUUCACGGUGUGCACGUCAGUUGUUGCAGAGGACGAUAAAGGCAACCUCUUCCAUGGCAGGAAUUUAGAUUUUGGCCUAUUUUUAGGCUGGGAUGUGAAAAACAAGUCGUGGACCGUCAGUGAGAAGCUGAAGCCUCUGGUGGUGAACCUGGACUUCAGAAGGAACAACCAGACGGUCUUCAAGUCCACCAACUUCGCCGGAUAUGUGGGCAUGCUGACCGGCAUCAAGCCUCACGUUUUCACCCUGACUAUGAACGAACGCUUCAGUCUGGACGGAGGAUACAUCGGAAUCCUGGAGUGGAUCCUGGGACAAAGAGACGGGAUGUGGAUGAGUUUUCUCACUCGAUCUGUCCUCGAAAAUGCAAACAGCUACGAGGAGGCCAAGACUCGUCUGGCUCAGACCAAGAUGCUCGCUCCAGCCUACUUCAUCCUGGGAGGGAACAGCACCGGGCAGGGCUGCAUCAUCACCCGGUCCAGGCUGCUCAGUCUGGACGUCUUGGAGAUUGACCUGAAGCUGGGCCGGUGGUACGUCCUGGAGACAAACUACGACCACUGGAAGGAGCCGCUGUUCCUGGACGACCGGAGGACUCCGGCCAUGAAGUGCAUGAACCAGACCACACAGCCAAAAAUGUCACUGAAGACCAUGUAUGACGUGCUCUCCACCAAACCCGUUUUAAAUAAGUUGACCACGUACACAACGCUCAUGCAAGUAUCCGAGGGCUCGCUGGAGGCGUACAUCCGGGACUGCCCGAACCCCUGCAUGCCCUGGUGAUCCCUCCCCACUGCACUGGUCUCGGGAAGAACCUCAAAGCUUUAAGAGUUUAAAACAGCAAGCUAACAAUCACCUGAUCCUGCGUGUGUGGCGGCGGCGGCGUGGCACAGAGAGCGGAGGAAAACUUUGAAGCUGGGACAAUACGGUCUCCUGAGAUGAGGGACGCUCACUGAAAAAAGUGAAUCAAACCUCUGGGUGUUUUUUGAACGAUGCUCCUGUUUGAUAUUUGCUGAUUGAAGUCGCCUGUUAAUCUCGACAUGGGCCUAGGGAACCCAGAGAUCAAUCCAGCUAACUCCAAAUCUUCCUUCAUGAUAUAAUAAACCUCGGAUCAAACUUCCAAGUUACACUGUACUGAACUGACCGCUUCUUUUUUCUCUUUGUUGUACACUUUGGUUAAUUAAAUAAUUUCUACAUUUGUUUCA